GAACUGCUCUGCUACUAACCCUGUAUUAUUCUGCAGGAGAGAGGCAGAUUGCCCAAAAAGCCCUCACACUGUCCCACACUCCCACUGCUCGCCAAGUCCAAGAAAGGGAAACAAAAAAAAAAGGGGGGAGGAGAGACGAAGAGAGAGACAAGAACAAGAAAGGGCAAAGGCAGGGGAAGAAAGCAGCGAAAGGAUUCAACGCAGCUCGCGAAGGCCGCGAUCCGCCGCCUCGCCUAUCCUUCUUGACAGCCGACCUUGGGGCGGAUUUACCGUUCAUGGACCUAAUAUAGUUCGAUGGACAAGAUAGGGCACUGAAUUGGGCUUACUGUUAGAGGAGUACUGGUUCUGCUUUUGCUGAAGGAAUUAUCCUUUGUCUGAUGAUGUGAUAUAUAAGCUACUUAACAUAUUUGAUCGUUCUUUGCUGGAGUUUAUCAAUGGCAGCAGGGGUCACUUUUAACUGGAUUAAAACCCCACUUGACAUCCGGAGAUUUCAUGACUUUUCUAGUUUAAGUUUUCGAUGCCGAAAUACUUUUGGAUCAAUCCAACCUUCCUGGCUGACAACAGACCAGGAACCAUCUUUUUCCAAAGUUCGAGUGGCUGCAGAUUACUCAGAUUCUGUUCCAGAUUCAAAGUACACAAGAGAUCGGGGUUACCAUCCUCUUGAAGAAGUUAAAGAACGUCCAAAAAAGAAGGACCUGUCACUGACAGAUGUGGAAACUGCUAGAACUGUAGUAGAGGCCAAUAGCAAGGGAUUACUUGUGUUCCCUGCAAGAGUGCAUAAUGAACCUCAUGGGCAUGUUGCUUGGUCAGACUUUCAGUAUAUUGUAGAUGACUAUGGAGACAUUUUCUUUCAAGUACCCGACAGUGAGAACAUCUUGGAAGAUGAUGCUGCAAACAAUCCUGUGACAGUUUUGAUUGGAAUGGAUGGCCCUAUUAUUGGAGAAACUAGUGUGGUGACUAGUGAUUUUAGCGACUACAUGGAUGUUGAAAAUUUUAUAGACAUGCCUGAUGAGAACGACAGCAAGAUCGAUACAGAAAUAACUGACAUUCUUAUAGAGUGGGGGAUGCCAGCAACAAUGCGUGCAAUACAUCCAAUUUAUUUUGCGAAGUGUUUGACAAAGGCUGUUCAUGAUAAACACAGGGAAAAGAUGGAUAGUCCAUCAAAUGGUGUCUCAAUUGUAGGAUAUUUGAGACCUGCUUUCAUAGAAGAAGAAUCUUAUCUAAGGAGCUUAUUUCAUGGUGAGUGCAAUGGUGAUGGUUAUUCGUCUGAUUGGAGAGAUGAAUGCAAAAGAGAACCUGCACCAGCUUCUGGAACCAAUGGCCUAAUUGAUGAUGAUAAAUCGAGAUUUGAUUUCACGAAUGUGGGAAGUAGCACUGAUUCAACAAUCUACAAACUGGAAAUAAUGACGGUUGAGCUGUUUUCCAUAUAUGGGAAGCAGUUGAUGAUUGAUCCACAAGAUUUUCAAGAUGCAGAACCAGAUAUUCUUGCAAAUUCUGCUUCAGAAAUUAUAAAUCGCAUUAAAGAAAACGAUGAUCAGUGCGCUAUGGCACUCAGGUCCCUCUGUCAUAGGAAAAAAGGCCUCACUGUCGAGGAGGCUAGCUUGAUUAGCAUCGACAGUCUCGGUAUCGAUGUAAGAGCUUUCUCUGGUUUGGAAGCUCGGACAGUUAGAUUUUCGUUUAAUGCGCAGGCACUCUCUGAACGUUCAGCAGAGAAGAAGAUAAGGCGAAUGCUUUUCCCUCGUCGUAAGAACGUGAAACCUUCUACUGAAGAUGAAUGUUAACCUAUCAAAACCUGGUUAGGACACAAGAGAGUAAAGGGAUUCAGCAUAAGAUGUGCAUCCAAUCUGAUGCGAAUUCGUUAGAGAUACUGCAAAUCUGCCGACUAUGAAAAUGACCUCAUUUCCUGAAGAGUUAGAUAACUUUGAUCCAGGUUUUGAUCUGAUUGGUGAAAGAAAAAAGAGAAAAGAAAGAAGGAUCACCCAUGGUUUCUUGCAAGCAAAGUGGUGGUCUUGUAAAGGUGAAAGAAGUGAAGUAAGAUGCUAGCAUCAAUCCGCAACUGACAAAAAGUUUCAUCAGCCACCCAUAAAUUUGUCAUCAAAGAAAAAAAAUAAACUGUAAAACAGGCCAGAUUAAUAAGAUCUCUUUGGCCUGUAAUAAUCUCUCCAUUUCCUAUCAACCUGUAACUAAUUUAACUGCCAUUUUUCCCCCCUCAUGCCUGAAUAAAAUGCAACUCCAAUGUAAAUCCACUGAGAAAUCCUGAUGUUUUCUGACAAGUGACAUUCUCCUUUCUUGACA